AUGUAUCUCAAUUCAUCUCUCAAUCCUCUGAUUUACUGUUGGCAGAUGAGACACAUUCGACAAGCUGUCGUGCACAUACUGCGAAGCGUCUUUCCAUGUCAGUAAAGUUAAAAUAAUACACUUGCGUCGACUUUCCUUGGCGUGUAUUGUAGAGUAUUCUUGUUAUUCACAUUACUAUGCAAAACAGUUUUUCUGUUAUCACAUUUUGUGGUUUCUCUCUGUCUAAACAUUCACGUUCUGCUUUUAAACACAGUAAAUCCAAAAGAUCUAUUCAAGUCCUAAAAUAGGGCUGUUUCAAUGAAUGGGUAGGAACACAGUCCUAGUUUCGGAUCUAAUUUGGCUCGCUUAAUCAAGGCCAGUACAUGUACAGGCCAAUUAUCUAGGCUGAUUUAGACCCACAGGAUGAAAUGAGUCCGAGCGUGGGCUGGCUAGCUUAAAUUGUGCUCACAUUACUCCAGGAGAGGCUGAAUCAGACUUAGUAAGGUCUUUUAGCAAUGAAAUGCUAUAGGUUGUAUUCGUCCAUCUUGAGUACUUUAAAAGCUAUUUAAAAAGCUGCAGUCCCUACAUCUUUAAGGGCAGAGCACGGCUACUGAUAAUCAAAUUGGCAAAGUAGGUCUGCAUGCAUGUUCUGUUUUCCGAUGAAGGCAACCGCGAUGUAAUUGAUAAAGUCGUCCUAUCGACUGCGGGGAAAGAUUUCGCCAGCUCGGGAAGCUGUAGGGGAGCUUUCAGCGACGAUUUGGUUUGCAAAACCAACCAGUUUUAUAUACUAUAUGGGUUUUAACAAAUUUGAUUUUUUGAAGACCUUCUAACUUUUGUAGCUGUCAACAGUGAUUGUUUAUUCUGCAAUUUUGAUAACCAUAUGACUUAAUGUUUCAUUAUCAACGUUUGGAGUUAUGGUCUCUUUUUUCUUCUUGCAUUCGACAGCAUCAUGGGGACGGUGGGAAGUUUGAGAGGAGGGGCAUGUUAUUAAUCGGACUUAUUGUUAUUUACGUUGAUCAUUGCAAGGAAAUUGAUUUUAUAAAAUCAAACUUGUCAACUACUGUUCUUUAGCUUGCUCAGUUUCAAUCAAGUUAAACUUGCUUUUCCUGUCGAAAAUUAGGACUUCAAUUGAUAAAGGUACCCCUAUUUUCUAAGCUGUGACCAUAUUAGCGUAACUUCCUAUCAAACUGUGCCCGAGCCAAUUUUGGAACCGGACGAUAUUUGCACCUGUUUCGGUUUUACAGACUCUCAGGUUUUCAUUGGUUGGUCGGUGCUUUUUUGAAAGCAUCUCCUUUGGUGUACUUUGACUCUAGAAAGAUCUUCGAGAUGAAGAUUGCAGCUCGUGUUGCUCUACCGAAUACUGCGCUCACCUUUGGAACGUGCGCAAAGAUUUCAUGCAAAUUUUUACAUAAACCAAGUGAACUUUUGCUUGAAAUUAGAAAAAGUAUGAAAAAGAAGUGUUCUGGAAAAAAAACAUUGAUCACAGGGGAGUCGAAUAAAGCCCUGUUGAAACGAUGGAGAGUCCUGGUACGUUUUCGAAUCUUGCUGAGCGAGUUGCCCAAUUACAUAAAGUUUCAGUAGUGGCCUAUCCAAAUACUGCGACACCUUCUGGUAAAUAUAGCGGAUCUCACAAAUGUUAAAACUUGAAAAAGUGUGCAAAACAUAAGACUUUCGGGUACUCAGGUCCAUAAAAUGUUGGAAGUUGAAGAUUACUAAGAUUAAUAUUCAACCUUGGUCGCUAGCUGCGUCCUCAAAGCAUUCUUGACUUUCUCCGCCAUCACGGCUGAAGAUAAUAACAGACAUACACUCCGGAAAACUUCGCUUAACUCAGCGCUGACGGUUUCUUGGCUACUCGUUUUGAUCUCAGAUACCAGGAGCUUGUGACUCACAAGCGUUUUGUUUUUGUAGUGACCUCAGCUUGAAAGUAACGUGCAUUUGUUUCCCUUUUCACAGUGAAACUUGUAUAUUAGCGGACUCCUGAAUAAAGGUUCAUUUUGCAGACUAUAUGGGUAAACAUUUUACCAAACUGAGCCAUUCGUCUGCUCAAUAGUGGGUGUCCACUUAAUGUGCAGCUGAAUGUGUAUGGGUCCGCUUAAUACAGUUUUCACUCUAAUUUAUUUUCUUGACAUUAGACACAUUACACACAUAACCCGAUGCAUUCAGUAAGACAGUUAUUCUCUUAAAUAUAGGAUUGCUUCGCUGAUUUCAAACAACCACACAACAACAUGCAAAGUGAAAUUCAUACCUUCAAGGAGCACAGAAUACAAUGCGGCAAGGCUGAGAAAAUAUUUUCUUGCAAUAGCUGUACGUUUAAUAUCGGCAUUUAUACUACUACAUGAGAAAUUUCUGCAAUUUGAUUGGCUUAGAGCAGUGGUAUAAAUAUCACUUGUGGUAUUUAUGCCAAAUAUCACUACAAAUCAUGCUAUUACCUAUACUAAUUGUGACAUAAAACAUUUAUAAACAAAGAUGAAAUACCAGGUGAACUUUCGCGCGAAAACAUGCUAUCUUCACAAGUGAAAAUUAUAAAUAAUAAAUUGCGCCUUUCGCUGCCAAAAGAAAAAAAAAGCUACAUUGAAAUGGUUUGGUAUUUCAUCGGUGCUUAUACAUUAAAAAGAACACUACAUGGCCGCUUGGAGAUACGAAAUAGUUUAUUGUUCGUGUUGAAAACUAUUUCAACACCCGAAGAGAAAUUUCGCAUUUCCCCGCGGCCAUAAACAGUCAAGUUUCCUUUUUUAGCACAUGAUCGAUGUGAAAUAACGGUCCUGCAUUACCAUCUGCUUUAUAUUUACUUUAGACACUCGUGGUUUUCAAUUCACAGCUUAUUUCUCCUCUGAACUACACUGUAAAAAAAAUAGCGCCCUUUGGGAAAGCUCUACUAGACACACAAAAAAAACAACUUUCCCAGGUGGUGCAGCUUGUUAAGCAGAAUCAUUAAAUUCAUGUAAGCCAGCUUUUAACAAGAGACAUGUUCAUUAUUUAUUCAUAAACGAAACUGAAAAGAAACUGAAAGGAUGGCUGGCUACCGCUUUCAAUCACGAAGAUCUUUUAUGAUCACCGGGCACGCCGCGCCUCCGAGCCUAUUUAUAAUAGAUUUUUACUGGGAAAUUUGAAGGCGUGUUUGCUUUUCAGUUAGCAUGAUGAUUUUACAAAUAGGCUUAUCGCGUUGCCUUAAAGAUAAUUGAACCAUGAUUGUUCUAUAUUUGAUACAUUUGUUAAAUUUCGUAUUCCUGUGGAGUCCGAUAAGUUUUUUUCAGGUGUUCUUUUCGUAUUCUCUAGCUUUGAGCACAAAAACCAAUGAUGAAAAAUAUUUAGUAAAAUCAUUUUUUAUUUUCCUUUUUCCUUUACUGAUUCUUUCUCUUCUAUGCAUUGCUUUUUUUUCUUCAUAUGUAACUUGUAUAAAUUAAAUUGCCGUAUUGACUUUGAUGGGUCCAGCAGAUAUUACAAACAGCGAAUCGUUCUGCCCUAGUUUCUAAUCGACAUUUUCCAAGUAAAAUAACCUAACGUGUUUUAUUUGUUUUGCAUUUUCGAUGCACCGUCAUGAACCAGCUGCCUCUACUCUAUGUUAAUCAUUUUGUCAAGAAGUUAAAUAUUGUAAGCACAGAAAUUUUUCUUUAUCCCCGGGUUUUUAUAGUUUUUUUUUCCUUCUCUUGGAAGAUGUUUAUCGAACACUUGUAAGGAUUAUAGGGUGCCACUCUGAUCCGUAUUCAAGAAAAUUAUUGGACUCAGUUUCUACAUUGUCUCUACGUGACGGGCGUACACAAGAAACACGGUACAGUGAUUGAGGGGCUUAGUCUGUGAAACCGACUGAAUGUAUGGAGGAUGUUUAUAAAAGUUAUAAAACGCACGAAGUUGAAGAGAUGUAUUCAACGCUGGUCGUCAACUGCGUCUUCAAUGCUUUCUUGUCUUACACCACUAUCAUGCUGAACGUCAUAUCAAUACAAGCGCUUAGAAAAACAUCAUCGCUGUCUAAACCAUUAAAAACAUUGCUUCUGAGUCUUGCUGUUUCUGAUCUUGGAGUUGGCUUACUUGUCCAGCCUCUCUAUAUAGUGCGAAUGCGUGUCCUCAUGCCGGACAUUCAACAGCACACCAUAAACAACGGAACUUAUGAGAUAAUUUACAUCUUGCACUUCAUCUUUGGGAAUUUAUUUUGUACUGCAUCCUUCCUAGGUGUUGUCGCUUUAGCUGUCGACAGAUUCUUAGCAAUUCAUCUCCAUCUAAGAUAUCAGGAUUUUGUGACUUGCAAACGUGUUGUCGCCAUAGUAAUCUCAGCUUGGGUGCUAAGUAUAUUUCUUUCUCUUUUUGCCUUGAACUCUUUUUUCAUUGACAUUCUUGUCACUAUAUAUGCCGCGAUUUGGACUGUUUCUCUCCUUUGUACAGCGCUACUUUACUGCAAGAUAUACACAGCCAUACGGCGGCACAGGAAUCAGAUUCAAGUUCUGGAAACACAAUUAGAAGCGCAGAACGGAGAAAUAUCUAACACUGCGAGGUUGCGAAAGACUGUACUCGGUACAUUAUACGUGUACGUUGUGUUUUUGAGUUGUUAUUUGCCAUACCUUUGUGUCAAAGCCGCUACUAUUAUCAGUGGUGAAACAGUCCUGCUAGCGCAUCUUUUCUAUUAUGUCACUACUCUGUUAUUUGUCAAUUCAUCUCUUAAUCCACUGAUUUACUGUUGGAAGAUGAGAAACGUUCGGAAAGCUGUUAUGGAUAUACUUCGAAAUAUCUUUCCAAGUUAG